CACAACAACACCCAGUCGCACCCCUCCUCCUUCCUCCUGCUGGGGGUGCCGGGGCUGGAAGCCGCACACUUCUGGAUGGGCUUCCCCUUCUGCGCUGUGUACCUGAUUGCGCUUAUGGGGAACUGCACCAUCCUGUUUUUGAUCAAGAUUGAGCAGAGUCUCCACCAGCCCAUGUUCUACUUCCUAGCCAUGCUGGCCACAAUCGACCUGGGCUUGUCCACAGCCACCAUCCCCAAGAUGCCGGGCAUCUUCUGGCUCCAUCUGCAGGAGAUCAACUUUGGAGGCUGCCUCACCCAGAUGUUCUUCAUCCACAUGUUCACCUUCAUGGAGAGCAUGGUGCUCGUGGCCAUGGGCUACGACCGCUACGUGGCCAUCUGCAAGCCCCUUUGGUACUGUACCAUCCUCACCAAUAAAUCCAUUAGAAUUAUCCUAGGGUUAGAUGUCCUGAGGAAUUUCUCUCUGGUGAUUCCGACAGUGUUCUUUCUCUUGAGUUUGCCCUACUGUGGGCACCGAAUCAUCCCCCACACCUAUUGUGAGCACAUGGGCAUUGCCCGCUUGGCAUGUGCUAGUAUCAAACUCGACAUCAUUUAUGGUUUAUGUGUCAUCUGCCUUAUUCUUUUGGACCUAAUGCUGAUUGCCAUCUCCUACAUCAGGAUUCUCUACACUGUCUUCAGACUCCCCUCCCGAGAUGCCCGGCUCAGAGCCUUGAGCACCUGCAGCUCCCACGUCUGUGUCAUCCUGGCCCUCUUCACCCCGGCCCUCUUCUCCUUCCUCACCCACCGCUUUGGACGCAACAAAAUCCCCGACUACAUCCACAUCCUCCUGGCCAACUUGUACGUGGUUGUCCCACCUGCCCUCAACCCCAUCAUCUAUGGGGUGAGGACCAAGCAGAUCCGUGAACGUGUAUCCAGCGUUUUCACAAAGAAACAGUUAUUCUGA